AUGUGGUAUAAACAAAGAGAGCGGGCUACUCGGAUCGGCUGGUUCUACGCUGGGAAUCUAAGCACUUCGGUUGUGGGAGGAGGCGUUGCCUACGGAGUUACAUUUUUUGAAGGCUCUAUCGAGCCGUGGAAAUUCUUAUACCUGAUCCUUGGUGCCCUCGCUAUCAUCAAUGGUAUUCUGGUUGUGCUGUUUCUCCCUGACUCGCCUAUCACUGCUCGAUUCUUGUCAGAAGACGAAAGGAUCGCUGCGCUCGAACGUGUCCGUCUUGACCAAGCUGGCACUCACAACAAGCACAUCAAGAGAUAUCAAAUCACCGAGACCUUCAAAGACAUUCGCUCCUGGAUCAUGUUCCUAAUCAUCAUGUGCAUCGGCAUACCGAAUGGUGGGAACUCUGCAUUCAGCAACAUCAUCACAAAGAGCUUUGGUUGGACGUCACGUCAAACCCUGCUUCUUGACAUGCCUCGUGCCGCUAUCGGCGGGUUUGCAGUCGUCGCUGUGGGAUGGCUCUCUGACCGCCUCAACGAUCGUAUGACCCUGAUUCUCAUAUUCAUGCUUCCAACGCUUAUCGGCAUGAUUAUCAUGACCACGAUGCAGUACGCUGGUCAGAAGGGAGUGCUUCAAUUUGCCCAGCUAUUCCAGAAUCUGUCCGCUCCGUGUUUCCCUCUUUGCUACGCGUGGAAUGCAUCUAACACUGGUGGUCAUACGAAGAAGGUCACUGUCAACUCAUUCACGCUCUUCACCUUCGGCGUAGGUUCAGUAGUUGGCACCUAUAUCUUUCUACCCAAAGAUGCUCCCGGCUACAUCCCCGGCAAGGCAGCUAUUGUUGUUCUAACUGCGAUUAUGAUGUGUUGCUGUGUCGCGAUGGCUUAUGUCAACACACGCUGGAAUAGGCAGAAGAAGAUCGCACUUGAGAAGCUCAUUGCUGACAACAAUUGGACCGAGGAGGAUGUCGCGCGUGAAAGAGAGAAGGCCGCGUUUCUUGAUCUGACUGACCGAGAGAAUGUCUUUUUCGUUUACACGCGCUAA